AUGUCAGACUCAGUGGAGGAAGACCCCAGAGAAAACAUCUUGAAUGAGCCUCUACAUGGUAUUGUCAUUCCAAGUGCCCUCUUUAUAGUAGGUGUCAUUAUUUUGACCGUGAUGUCUGGCGAUUACAGGGUAUUGUUUGGAUUGCUGAUCCUGUUUGCUGUUGUGUUGGUCAGAUGGACCAGUGCAUAUUCUCGCAGAAGAUCGCUCUUCACGGACCGUUGGACGGCUUUGGAAUUGGUCGAUCAAACACUGAUUUCCAAGAACGCGGCCAUCUACCGUUUCAAGCUGAAAACCCAUUUAGAGUCCCUGGAUAUCCCUGCUGGUCACCACGUUGCCGUCAGAAUUCCAAUUGGUGGCAAAGACGAGAUAAGAUUUUACAACCCAAUCAAUCCAAAGAUUGACCAAGGCCAUUUGGAUAUUAUUGUGAAAUCGUACCAAGACGGGAAAGUAUCGAAAUAUUUUGCUGGUUUGCAACCCGGUGCCACUGUGGACUUUAAGGGCCCAAUUGGUAUUAUGAAUUACGCUCCAAACUCCUCAAAAGAAUUCGGAAUGGUCGUUGCUGGCUCCGGUAUUACUCCAGCGUUACAGAUUUUGAAUGAAAUUGUUACCGUUCCAGAGGACUUGACCAAAGUGUCGCUAAUAUAUGCGAACGAUACGGAAAACGAUAUCUUGUUGAAGGAUGAACUUGACGAAAUGGCCGAAAAAUAUCCCUACUUUCAAAUCCACUAUGUGGUGCGUAACCCAUCCGAGCAGUGGACUGGAGAUACUGGCGUUGUCACCAAGGAGCAGUUGGAGAAAUAUCUCCCUGUUGCAACUGAUGAGAAUAGACUAAUGAUAUGUGGUCCAGAAGUCAUGAAAGACAUGGUUUUACGCCAUGCCGUUGCUCUUGGCUGGAAACACAAUGUCACGAAUGCUAACUCAUCCAACGGUGACGAUCAAGUUUUCGUAUUCUAA